AUUUAUUCCAGCGAACGCCGCCAUUAAAUGCUCCUCCUCGUUUAUUCAGGAACCGUUGCGUGCUCUCGAUUCUUAUCCCCUCGAAUAGAGGAAUCAAAUCCAAAACCCUCCCCUUUUCCCCGGAUUUUGUUGCCAUUUCUUUUCAUUUUGCUGCAAUUGUUCUCCGCAUCUUCGUCAUCGUCGUCGGCUUCUGCUUCCUCUCGAUUUCGCACGUCGAGAGGAAGUAGAUCGCGGUUUGGGGCUUAAUUAGGGUUUGGGAGGAGUGGAUGGGGGAUUGGUUCCCGCGGGAGGAGAGUCGUAGGAGUGGGAGGUCGCGGUGGAGGGGGAAGUGGUGUAGGACCAGUGGAGGAGUCGUGUGGAGGACGAUCGCGGCGCCGGAUCGCGAGAGUAGGAGAUACGAGUUCGAUUCUAUGGUUGGUGUUCGCGGAGAAGGAUAUUAUGCUCAUUUAGAUUUGCAGAGCCACCCUUUGGGUAUGUUAUCAGCUUCUGCACACGGCAGUGGCUCUGAUGUAGAAGAAAAUUCUCUUGCCUUUGACAUCAAGGAGAGCCGUCACAAAGGGGACGGGGCAAAUCAAGAAAUAGAAGAAUACAUGGGAGAAGAGAUAUUAAAAGAAAUGGAAAUUAGGCAUUCACCUCCUGGUGUAAUUGCGAAAUUGAUGGGUCUUGAUCUGCCACCUCCUCCCCAAGUAGUUCGCAGCCAGAAUAGGGAUGUAGGGGGUUAUCUGCCAAAAUCAUCGUCAUUCCAUGCAAGCUUUAGAAACAAAUAUGCCUCCAUCAAAGAAGAUUCAUGUCAUAUGAAAAUGGAUGAGCGCUCAGAAUUCAAAGAUGUCUUUGAAGUCAUGAAAUCGUCAGAAGUUGCAAAAGACAGGAAUCAACUAUUUUUUAGAAAGAAUUCAGUAGGUUCUAAAGAACGGUGUAACCACAUCAAUGGCGAAGAUUUCGACAAGCAUUUCCCGAAAAUUCUUAAAGAACCCAAUCCCUUGUUUAGGAAGCAUCUACGUGAUCUAAAGUGCUCUUCAGCAAUCUUCAAAUCAGCAAAUGAUGCAGAGCGUGAAAGAGCUCUCAUGGAAUUGACACCUGGCAAAAUUGAUCGUUCGUUUAAACAAACAGGCACUUCUCUUUCACAUACUUUCUCGAGGUCACGAUACUCGGGAAGGACAGCUGCUUCUACUAGCCACAAUCAGAUUGUUCUUUUGAAGCCAAGUCUUGAAAAAGCAGGUAUCCCAUUAAACAGUGUUUCCUUAUCAAGAAAAUUGGAUGAUUUUCACUUCCUUUACAGGAGAGAGAGUGAAAAAAGAAAGCCCGGGUUGUUUCAUAAUAUAGAAACCAGAGGGGCUAUGAUUAAAGGUUCGAGAGAAAUUGCUAGAGAUGUCACAAAGCAAAUGAAACACUCCACAGACAGUGGCACUAAAGAGUUUUACAAUUUGAGAACCAAUGGGAACGCAAAGAACAAAUUAUCUUCUUCUUUAUAUUCCACUGAUGUCCUACAAAGUUCAUCAUCUAGGUAUUCGGAUUACUCAACUAAACCAUCUGCACACAAGGAGGGCAAGGAGCGCCUUUUUGAGCAGUGCAAGAGGCCUCAACAGUUUGAGGCAGGAAAUAUUGGUAAAGGGGCGAGAACUUUGGCUGAAAUGUUUGCCCUAUCCGAUUCAGAAAAAUCAACGAGAACUUCGGGUUCACAUUAUAUAUUUACACCAGAGAAAUUGGAUGGCUAUAUCAUACAUUUACCAAAAUCUAUAUCUCCUACUGUUCUAUCAACAGUUCGUGGUCAAAGUCUACGAUCAAUGCAUGGUUUUGGUGGUAGUGGUAUUAUUGAUAUGCCUAAAUAUGAGGACUCAAAACACAAAUCUUUUCUGGAUGGAAAAUUGUAUCAGCGAGCAAAAGGUUUAAGCAAAAGCUCUAGUCAUGAGAGGAAUAAGUUUCACUCCUAUACUGGUGGGGAUAGGAAGAAUAGCCAUGCAAGGGAUGUUCAUCUAGAUCAGGAGAUCUUGAUGAAUAGAGUCCAUGGACCCAUUAGUGCCAAGUCAAAGCGUAAUCUCCCAGAAUUUUCCACUGAUGAUUCCUUGAUUGCAGAAAGCAAGGAUGCCAAAAAGUUAUUUGCAACUGACAAGGGGCUGGUCAGCAAAAAUGCUGCUUUGGCAGAGAACUCUACAUUCUCUGGAAAUGGCCGGAAGAUAAUACCGUCUAGCCAACAUGAGGAGGUCCGCUUUCCAACUCACUCUGAUGAAACAGAUUCAGUAUCCACCAUGGACUCUAAAAAGCCCGAGCAACCUAGCCCCGUUUCAGUUCUAGAAUCUCCUUUGGAAGUAAAGAAGUCCAAUUCUAAAUCAUUCGCGAGAAUGUGCUUGGAUCUACAGGAGCUCCAAUUACAGCUUGAUCUUCUCAAGUUCAAUUCCGAAUCAUCUGCUGAAGAUCCCGAAAUCUUUGUAUCAAGUGAUGAGGAUUCUAACGAAGAAAGCGACUCUCUUCAUCUAAUUGAAAAUAUACUCGAAGCAUUCAGGGAUGAAGAAGACCGUGAUUAUUCAUACCUCCUCGACAUUCUUAUCAGUUCGGGUGUCCAUGGUGCGAACCUAGAUCGGAUUCACAAAGCGUGCCACUCGCCCAGUCGUCCUGCUGGUGCAACCGUGUUUGAAAGUCUCGAAAAGAAGUACAAAAAAAUUGUGAAAUGGUCAAGAUCUGAGAGGAUGCUGCUUUUUGAUCAUGUAAACACUAUUCUAUCAGAAGUUUUGGCCCCUUGCAUGGAUUUGCAUCCAUGGGUUAAGUUGGAUUCGCUGGUCUCCCCCAUGUGGGGGCCCGAGGGGUUGGUUGAGAAGGUAUGGCAGAUUCUGGUCAGAAGAAGGAAAGAACUUGGCGAGGGUGAUCCAGAGAGUAAGGUGCUAGAUACAAAAUGGUUAGAUUUGGGAGAUGGGGUUGACAUGAUAGGAAGUGAGAUCGAGAGGAUGUUAAAGGACGAGCUUUUGGAAGAGCUUGUUUCGGAGUUCUCAUUAGGGUAAGGGCCUUUUCAUCGAGUAACUCCUUUGGGGAGAGAACGUAUAUGUUCGUGUGCAUGGGAUCGAUCAUUACACUUCCAUGUGCAUGGGAUUGAUUAUUUGGUCAAGGAAGUGGAAUUUGUCAGUCUCGGGAGCACAAAGUCGCCGAAUUGGCGAUGCUUCAGCCUCUUUAUCUAGACAACAACAGAGCUAAAUAUGAUGAUGGGAAACGAAGUUGCGUUUGACUAAAGCAGCUCAAAAUAUGGUGUUUUGGCUGAUAGAUGUUUGUCGAUCUUUCCUUAGAGUCACGGUGUUUUUGAUUCGAUUGAAUGUAUUCGUGAUUGUCUAUUACUGUUCUUAGCUGCUAUUGGUGUCAACUAUAUUUCUGCUCGGCUAUCAGAGGUAUAUUCCUUAGAGAUGCAGGUUGUAUCUGUUAGUGCAGACCCAUUCUUAGUUUUGUAAAAGAGGUGAAAUCAUAAUCAGUAUCCAAGUGUGGUGUACUAUAUACAGGUUGCCCAAGUUUGUGAAAGUCCAGUGUAAUACUAGUAUCCCCCAUUAUGGGUGAAAUAGGCAUGUUUUGAGAUUGCAACUUUCCUGUGGAAAGGAUGAGUGAGUAGGAGGAAAUAUUCUGUCACUGUUGUUAAUUUUGAAUAAUUCUUUUCUUUUA